AUGGCGCAAAAUGCCUUGGGAAGGAGGCUUUUUCACUCUCGAAGCGGACUGCAACAGACCCUAAGUCCUCUGGUGCAGAAGAGAUGCCAGUCUACUAAAGCGGUGCCAUCCUUCAGUCCGACAUCUUCCCCGGAGUUGGACCAGAAAUUGAAUCACAUACGCGAAAACCUAUUUAUUCCGAUGUACUUGGCAGAGAACCAGAAGCGCCUUGUCUUUCGCCAACGAUACCGAGCCAGGCUGAACUUUGAGCAAGUGAAUAUCACAAUUGGGGACGAAGAAUUCCCACUGCGACCCGCGGACCGACAAAAACUGCCGCAGAAGCGGGAAAUCAACCAAGCUGUAGAGGCAAUGAAGACAUCGCAAGAUUGGAAAAACUUUAUCCCUCUAUUAAUAGGAUCUCGCCAUUCGAAUUAUAAAUACAAGACGGAGCAUUUCGAGAAAUGGGUUAGGUUGGCAGGGAAAUCCGACGCGUUUGGGAGCAUCCUCGAAGCCGCGAAGCAAUCGUCGCGGACCGGGUUUUCCUUUUCUCAUCGAACUAUUGCCUUCCAGUUUGCAUAUGCUCUGCACCAAAAGGCUGAGAAAGCAAGCUUCAAGGGUGAACAGGUAGUGACUGCACUACGACAUGCUGAGCAAGCAGCUCAAUUGAUGGAUUGGCCGGAGCACACAAACCCGCAGCUCGCAGAGGAUCCGAAACGGCAGCCAUUCUUCAUCGGCCUCCUCACAGAAUUGAGUGCUGCCCGUGCCAUUGACGAAGCCGGCGGCGCUGAUGUCGAUGGCAAAGUGCGGUCUUACGUACAGAAACUUCUGGCGACCUGGGAGUUUGCUGCUUUCGAUCGGAAAGCGGAUACUUGGUACGAUACUAAUGCUUUGCUACUGGAAGCUGCGCUCAUCCAUUCCGGUCUAAAAAUGGCACAAAAAGUGAAGGAUGUUUCAAACGAUGCUGCUCUAAUGAAGACCAUUGCAGAGCGCGUAAAGAGGUUGAAGACUGUAGCUUAUAAGGGCAUCAAAAAGGCACCGGAGAAGGUAAUUGAAAACCCAACCUUGGGACUGAGGGAAGCUCAAGCGAUUGCUUGA